UUCUGACGAGACGGAGAUCAGGUGAGAAAAUGAAGACCAGUGUAGCUGUGAUGAGGAGCCUGGCCGCCGUAGCAAUCGUCGCUUUUACCAUCUGGACCUCAGCAGAUGCUGAGAAAGUCAGUCCCUGCUGUGUCUCUAUCUCGAGGUCCAGGGUGGUGGAACCCCUCAAAUCUGUCAGGUUACAGGAGAGCAGACAUCUAUGUCUCAAAGCUGUGAUCUUCGAGACAGAAAAGGGACGAUUCUGCAUUGAUCCGAGACAGCCUUGGGUGCGGGAGAAGAUUGAAGAGUUUAGACGACAACAGAAGACGACAGUGUCUCCAACUUCUGUUUCACCUCACAAUGAUCUGGAAAUCACUUCUGCACAUAUAGUUGCUGAGAAUGUUAGAAGGCCCUGCUGUGUCUCUGUCUCGAGGUCCAGGGUGGUGGAACCCCUAAAAGCAUACAGGUUACAAGACAGGAACCCUCCAUGCGUCAAAGCUGUCAUCUUUGAGACAGAAAAUGAACAUUACUGCCUGGAUGCAUCACAGCCUUGGGUGCAGGAGAAGAUUGACGAGCUUAUAAGACGACAGAAGACGACAGUGUCUCCAACCUCUGUGUCCCCCCACCUGACUUUCUCAGCACCAGAGAAGACGUCUCAGAAGAAGGAUGAACCAAGCAUCAACUACUACUGCUAUACGACUGCACACCAACCAUGAAUGCAGCAGUUUCUAAAUUAGACACCUGUUUAAAAUGUUUACCAAGGCAUUUAAAAAGCUGAUUUUCCAUUAUUUCAUCUUAUUUAUGGGCAGUUUUUCUUUUGAAGCGGAUUGUAUUUUUUAGAAUUUCAUUUGACGAUGUAAUCAUUUACAAAAAAAAGUCAAUGAAAUUAUUUGUCCUGUAUUUUAAACCACCACAAACCACACACUAUAAAAUUGCCAUUAAAUGGACAGUAAAUGGAUCAAAUCUGAAGUAGCAUUAUGCAAUGCUGCACUUGUUUUCUUGUUCAGUGGAUUGCUAAAACCAUCCAAG